GGACCAUGGGCAGCAACAAGAGCAAGCCCAAGGAGGCCGGCCAGCGGCGACGUAGCCUGGAGCCCGCCGAGACCACCCACGGGCCGGCUGGCGCCUACCCCAGCGCCCAGACCCCCAGCAAGCCCGCGCCCGCUGACAGCCACCGCGGUGCCAACGCGGCCUUCACCCCCGCGGCCGCCGAGCCCAAGCUGUUUGGGGGCUUCAACUCCUCGGACACUGUCACCUCCCCGCAGAGGGCCGGGCCGCUAGCCGGGGGCGUGACCACCUUCGUGGCACUCUAUGACUAUGAGUCCAGAACAGAGACCGACUUGUCCUUCAAGAAAGGGGAGCGGCUGCAGAUCGUCAACAACACGAGGAAAGUGGACGUCAGCCAGACCUGGUUCACAUUCAGAUGGCUGCAAAGAGAGGGGGACUGGUGGCUGGCCCACUCGCUCAGCACCGGGCAGACCGGCUACAUCCCCAGCAACUACGUGGCCCCGUCCGACUCCAUCCAGGCUGAGGAGUGGUACUUCGGCAAGAUCACCAGGCGAGAGUCGGAGCGGUUGCUGCUCAACUCAGAGAACCCCCGGGGGACCUUCCUGGUCCGGGAAAGUGAGACCACGAAAGGCGCCUACUGCUUGUCCGUGUCUGACUUUGACAACGCCAAGGGCCUCAACGUGAAGCACUACAAGAUCCGCAAGCUGGACAGCGGCGGCUUCUACAUCACCUCCCGCACCCAGUUCAGCAGCCUGCAGCAGCUGGUGGCCUACUACUCCAAACACGCCGACGGCCUGUGCCACCGACUCACCGCCGUGUGCCCCACGUCCAAGCCGCAGACGCAGGGCCUGGCCAAGGACGCCUGGGAGAUCCCCCGGGAGUCGCUGCGGCUGGAGGUCAAGCUGGGCCAGGGCUGCUUCGGAGAGGUCUGGAUGGGCACGUGGAACGGCACCACCCGCGUGGCCAUCAAAACUCUGAAGCCCGGCACCAUGUCCCCGGAGGCCUUCCUGCAGGAGGCGCAGGUGAUGAAGAAACUGCGGCACGAGAAGCUGGUGCAGCUGUACGCGGUGGUGUCCGAGGAGCCCAUCUACAUUGUCACCGAGUACAUGAGCAAAGGGAGCCUGCUGGACUUCCUCAAGGGUGAGACCGGCAAGUAUCUGCGGCUUCCUCAGCUGGUGGACAUGGCGGCGCAGAUCGCCUCGGGCAUGGCGUACGUGGAGCGCAUGAACUACGUGCACCGGGACCUGCGUGCCGCCAACAUCCUGGUGGGCGAGAACCUCGUGUGCAAAGUGGCCGACUUCGGGCUGGCGCGUCUCAUUGAAGACAAUGAGUACACAGCCCGGCAAGGCGCCAAGUUUCCCAUCAAGUGGACAGCCCCAGAAGCUGCCCUCUACGGCCGCUUCACCAUCAAGUCGGAUGUGUGGUCAUUCGGUAUCCUGCUGACCGAACUAACCACCAAGGGCCGGGUGCCCUACCCGGGGAUGGUGAACCGAGAGGUGCUGGACCAGGUGGAGCGGGGCUACCGGAUGCCGUGCCCGCCCGAGUGCCCCGAGUCCCUGCACGACCUCAUGUGCCAAUGCUGGCGGAAGGAGCCCGAGGAGCGGCCCACUUUCGAGUACCUGCAGGCCUUCCUGGAGGACUACUUCACGUCCACCGAGCCCCAGUACCAGCCCGGGGAGAACCUAUAGGGCGCGGUCACCCGGCCAGACCAGACGCCCAGCGGCUCCCCGGACCGGCGACCCCUGCCGUGGCCUGUCACCUGUGCCCGCCGCUGAGCCUCGAGGAGGGACACUGAAGGGCCCAGCCCGGGGCAGCCGUGAGCGUGGGGACCGAGGCUGGCACCGGGAGCGUGACCAGCACCCUGCCAGCCCCCGGCCUCCUCCCGGCGGCCCUUGCUAGAGCCCCGCGUUGCCCCCCUGCACAGGAGGAGCUGCAGAGAGAGGCGGGGGCAGAGGCGCCCCCCAUCCCCGCCGAGCAUGGACGCCCCCCUCGUCCUCCCACCUGUCUCCGGAGCUGGCCAAAGAGCCUUUCCAAAGAGGAGGGCGGCGCCCUCGUGCCCUGCCUGGCUGUCACCAGGGUCUGGAACAUCUGUUGGUGGGAGCCAUGGGGCCCAGGGGUCUACACCUAACAGCGGUAGGGGGGACCUGGGAGCCCCCCCUCACACCCUGUCCUUCCUGGACCGUGGGACCGUCAGACUCCCGAGAGCCCUUUCCCUCCUGCUGCCCUGGAGAGUGGAGUCCAGAGACAUGUUGGGACUGUCCAGGGCUCAGGCAGCAGCACAGGGUGGAGGUGGGACCGGACGUCGGUGCACCCCUGUCUUCCUCAGGAACCCCCAGGAUGGUCCUCAGAGGCCUCCCGAACACUCUGGGCCUCCCCGAGGUGGGGCCUGGGGAGGGGGCCCCCCUCCAGCAGGGCUGUAAUGCAGGGGGCUGACCCCUGCCCGAGUGGGAAUGGCCUGGGAUGGGAGUGGGUUUGGGCUUGGGGAGUCCCAGCUCUGGGCCAGCCAGCAGAAGCCUCAGACCGGGUGGCCAGAAGGCCCCACGGGCUCCCAACCCCCUCUGACCUUUGUCCUCGUCAUUUCCUGCCCCCAGCCCCUGCUGGAAGGAGCCCCUCCCCCAGCUCGGGAGUAGGACAGGGUGCCCAGUCUGGGGAGAGGACACAGGGUCUCCAGCUGGGCGGCAGGACAGACUCGUAGCCUCGGGUGACCUCAGCUUUCUCUGUGGACUCGCCCAGGGGCUCGCGCUGGCCCUGACAGCCCUCCCCGGGGACGUGCUGGCUCCUCCCUGAGCCCCCGUGUGGCGGGCAGUUCGUGGGCAUCUUGCCAAGUGCCCCUUUGUCUGUGUGUCAUUGUGUGUGUGUGAGUGUGUGUGCGUGUGCCUUUGUGUGUGUUCAUAUUUAACAUGUAAAAAUGCCCCAACGCUGUUCCAGACACGUACAUUUCACCCCCUCCGGGGUUCCCACUUAGCAAUAACCGUCCUGCUGUGGGUUCUCAGCCAGCCGGGUCCUGCUGCGCCCGGUGCCCCGAGUGAAACCCCAACUUCUCCUUUCACGGCGUUUAUUGCCCGAGGCUUGUGUACCUGUGCAGCCAGAUAGACCCACACUGGCGGAGUCCAGGCUCACAAGCCCGUCCACUGCCCCAGGCCCUUUGUAUAAGGUGUCCAAAUACUGUCCUUUGUUUUUUGUUUGUUUGUUUAGUUUUGUUUGUUUUUUAAAUAACAACAGUGUUUUGUAGAUUUCAGAUGACUAUGCAGAGGCCUGUAGACCCUGGCUCUGGGCAGGGCCUUGGGGGUCCUGUAUCCCAGGGCCCAGACUUUGGGGGUGAGGGUGGGUGGUCCAGAGUUGGUUGUAAAUACUUUGCAUAUUGUCUGAUUAAACACCAACAGACCUCA